AAAAACUCUUCGUUCUAUAUUCUCUCUCAUUUGACUUGAAUUAAAUAAGAUUGGACGAGGUUUAAUUCCAAAGCAAAUCAGAAUUUGUUUUAAUUAUUUUAAUUAUUUUCUUUUUCUAUAUAUAAACAAAAAUAAAUUAACUAAUAGAAACAGAGUGCUUUGGUUUCAGUUUCAGUGGCAUGGCCAUGGAGUUAGUUCUUUCAAGACUCAUUCCUGUCAUUUCCCCGAAUUAAAAAACCUCAUUUAAAUCUUAGUUUUUUAUUGUUCCAGCCUUGUAAAAGUGUAAGAAAAUUUGAGAAGAAGGGAAAAUGGCGGUGACAGGUUCGAAUUCUGAACAGCCACAGUUCAUUGCCAGCUCUGGAAAUGGAAGCUUUUCAUCAAAUGCCCCAUUGAUUGAGAACUCUGAUGCUCAGAUUGUUGUUCCAGAUAGGACGAGCUGGAAAAACUUCUUUUCUUAUUUGGGUCCUGGAUUUCUUGUCUCUAUUGCCUAUAUUGAUCCAGGAAAUUUUGAGACGGAUUUACAAUCUGGAGCAGAACACAAGUAUGAGCUACUAUGGAUAAUAUUGGUGGCUUCUUGUGCUGCUCUCAUUAUCCAAUCCAUGGCAGCCAAUCUUGGGGUGGUCACAGGAAAACAUUUAGCAGAACAUUGUAGAAAUGAGUAUCCUAAAGUGACAAACUUUAUCCUUUGGGUUCUUGCUGAGAUUUCCAUAGUUGCAUGCGAUAUUCCCGAAGUGAUUGGAACUGCCUUUGCUCUGAACAUGCUAUUCAAAAUUCCUCUGUGGAUUGGUGUUUUACUAACUGGAUUUAGUACUUUAGUUCUUCUAGCACUGCAGCAAUAUGGGGUCAGGAAACUCGAAUUCUUGAUUGCUUUCCUUGUACUUACAAUUGCUGCAUGCUUCUUCGUGGAGCUUCACUAUGCAAAGCCUGAUCCAAAAGAAGUCCUUAAAGGUCUUUUUGUGCCUCAACUUAAAGGAAAUGGUGCUACCGGUCUUGCAAUUUCACUUCUUGGUGCUAUGGUUAUGCCCCACAAUCUCUUUCUCCAUUCUGCAUUGGUGCUUUCUAGGAAAAUACCAAGAUCUGUCCGCGGCAUCAGAGAGGCAUGCAGCUUUUAUAUGAUGGAAAGUGGCUUCGCUCUUGCAGUGGCCUUCCUUAUUAAUGUGUCUGUCAUUUCCGUUAGUGGAACUGUUUGCAAUUCUUCAAAUCUGAAUCCUGAAGAUCAAAAGAGCUGUGAAGAUUUAGACUUAAACAAGGCUUCAUUUUUACUAAGGAAUGUCUUAGGCAGUUGGAGUUCAAAAAUUUUUGCUGUGGCUUUACUGGCUUCAGGUCAGAGUUCCACCAUCACAGGAACAUAUGCAGGCCAAUAUGUUAUGCAGGGCUUUCUUGAUUUACGACUAAGGCCGUGGAUUCGCAACUUUUUGACCCGUUGUUUAGCUAUAGUACCUAGUUUAAUAGUUGCACUCAUUGGAGGCUCUGCUGGGGCUGGAAGGCUAAUCAUUAUUGCAUCUAUGAUUUUAUCAUUUGAGCUCCCUUUUGCUCUUGUCCCACUUCUCAAAUUCACAAGCAGCAAAACCAAGAUGGGAAUAUAUGUAAACUCUAUUGGGAUAUCAGUAGUGACUUGGAUCAUCGGCUCCUUGAUUAUGGCCAUAAACAUAUACUAUUUGAUGACCGGUUUCAUCAACUUACUUCUUCACAACCACUUACCACUCGCAGCCGUUAUUUUUCUUGGAAUAUUUGGAUUCUCAGGCUUAGGAGUAUACUUAGCUGGAAUUGCAUAUCUAGUUUUUCGCAAGAACAAGAAGGUAACACACCUUUUGUCACUAACAGGUCCCGCGUGUCAACAAAGGGCGACCAACGAGCAGAGCAAUGGCUCGAUGUAUUGCCUUCCAAGAGAGGACAUAGUGUGUAUGCAGUUGCCUCAAAGAAGGUCAGCCGAAGAACUCGAAUGAUAUAUAUUUAUAUAGCCAGUUUUAAGUAUGAGAAAUGAUAAGGACUUUAGCCACAUUGAUUGAGGACUCUAGUUGAGUGAUCUAUCCUCUAUGAAAUGUGUAUUACAGGCUAUCUUUUUUAAAUAAAAGUACUUUAUAGGAAUGGAGUUACACAGAA